AUGGGCGGCUGGAUGACUCUCCUCGACGUGGUGACUGCUCUCGGGCAAGUCAUGCUCAACCUGAGCCUCGGACCGGAUAUGUACACUGUCCACCGCAACAGGAGCAUCGGAGAGCUGCCGCUACUGUCGCUGGUGUCCAUGAUCGCCAACGGCCACUUGUGGAUGUGCUACGGCAUUUUGCGCAACAGCAUCUUCCCGGUGGCGGACAACUUCAAGAUGUACGCCGGAUGGUUCGUAGUCCACUGCAUCGUCACGCUCUACUUCGUGCUGGUGCUCGAGGGCGUCACUGGUCAGACGAACUACGACGGGAGCAUCUUGAUGGGCUACGCCGGCGUCGCCAUCAACGUCUGCCUGUUCGCCUCUCCGCUGGCCACGCUCAAGCACGUCGUGGAGACCAAGUCGGUCGCCUCCAUCCCCAUCAACCUCAGCCUCAUGAUGUUCGCGUCCUCGGUGCUGUGGGUCGCCACGGGUCUACUCGACAGCGACUACUUCAUCACGGCACUCAACUUGGCUGGCGUCUUGUUCGGUGCCAGCCAAAUGGUGUUGUACUACAUUUACCGUCCGGGUCGAGGCGUGGAGGCGCUGCCGGAUCAGCAGUAUGGUACGAGCGGAGAGCUGCCGAUCGUUGUGUCCCCCUCGUCCAAGAGUGCAGGAAUUGUAGUGGCUAUUGAGAGCCCAGCGUACAAGCCUCUGUCGUCGCCCGCGGCAGGCAAAGCUGUCUGA